GCGGGCAGCAUGGGACGCAUCGCAUGCCUGGCGCUGUGUGCGGCGCUGGCCGGCGCCGUGCCCGGUCCGCAGGCGGGCGAGAGCCACUCCCAACAACCGACGCAGGCCAGCUCGGCUGGCGGCGGGGCUGUGAGCGCCCAAGCCACACUUGUCCAGUGUGGCCUUGGUUCGUCUUGCGUGGAAGCCAGCGCCUGCAGUGUUUCAAGUUCAUCUAGCGAGGCAUGCGUGACCACCGAGAGCUUCGUGGGCGUCUGCUGUCCGCUGGAGUCGGCGCCGGGAGAAGGGGUGGCGCCGCCCGGGUCCCUCAUCAGCGUAGAGCCGCCUCCCCCGCCGCCUCCGCCCCCCAGGAUGGUGGUGUGCUCUGAAAAGGAAGACUGCGUGCCGCCCAGACGCUGCGACGCCGAUCGUUAUAUCAAUCGGAGACAGUGGAAAGCGCCCGACGUGGACUACCUCGAUCAGCAUGGGCCGUGCGAGAUCCGGGCGGGCCGUGAGGGGGUGUGCUGCCGGCUCCCGCCCGAGCCGCGCGAGGUCCAGUGUCAGCCCGACGAACAGCGGUGUGUGCGGAACAACUUCUGCGACGAGAAAGGAUUCAUCUCUGACUACUCCGUGAAGCCCAGCCCAGUGCCCGUCAUCGAUGGCUUUAAGGACUUUUGCAAGAUGAAGUACGGACGAAAGGGCAUCUGCUGCAAAAUCCCCCCCAUAAUAAGGACCGAGAUCUUAUGCAACUUCAACGAAAAAUGCGUAGGCCCUGGCGUGUGCGACGAAAAAGGUUUCAUCCAGAACGUGACGGACGAGACAGCGAUCUUCGGACUACCUGCGGAAUACCGGCUGGGAGAGCUGCCACCCGAAGAGCUAGGACCAUUCGACACGUUCUGCCAGCUGCCGCGGGGCGGCACGGGGCGCUGCUGCCGGUUGCCCGACCCGGAGUGGCCCCGCCGCCUGAAGCUGCCCACGUGCGGGCACAGCUUCCACAUCAGGAUGCCCGGCGACAACACCAGACACGCCCGGGAGACGGUGUUCGGGGAGAUUCCGUGGCAAGCCACAAUCUUUGAAAAGGAAACCGACAAGUUCGUUUGCGGCGGGACUAUCGUCAGUAAUCGCCAAAUCAUAACAUCGGACCACUGCGUGGAAACUUACAAUACUUCUCAGCUGUAUGUAAGAGUUGGGGAAUUUAUUCUCUUCCAAGAGAGUGAGCCUCUUGCUCACCAGGACAUCGAUGUGCGCUCAGUCAAAACGCACCCCGAAAGAGGCGCUCUUUUCAACGACAUAGCCGUCAUCGAACUGGAAAGGCAUCUGAAGUUCACCCCCCACAUCCAGCCCAUCUGUCUCCCCAAGUACAACCAGAAGUUCACUGGCAGAUGUGUGGUGUCCGGAUGGGCCAAGCCGGCCUUUAUUGGUCGUUACCAGGAGCGCAUGGAGAAGUUGGAGCUCCCGACAGUGGAAACGCCCGCGUGUGAGAGCAGCCUGUGGGAAACGCACCUGGGGCACUUCUUCCGACUGGGCGAGAGCAUGCUUUGUGCCGGCGGCGAGAAGGACGCCGAUGCGUGCCGGGGCGACGCUGGCGGUGCGCUGGCGUGCCCUUCUGCGGACGGCACGUACGUGAUGGCCGGCGUGGCGGCCUGGAGCGUUGGCUGCGCCGAGCAGGGCGUGCCCAGCGUCUACACCAGCGUCACUCGCACGCUCAGGUUCACGCGCCGGUACGUCCGCGGCUCCAAGCAGCACCCCUUCUUCAGAGAAGUGCCGAAGGAGGAGCCCAAGGUUGAAGAGAGCCCGGAGCUGCCCGCCAGCUCAGAGCCGGAGAUGCCCGCCAGCUCAGCACCGGAGCUGCCCGCCAGCUCAGCACCGGAGCUACGGCGCUGAGCUGGCGCGAGCCAGGACGUGACGCAGCUCCAAUAAGCUGGCGGUCCUGCUGUGCUGGGCUAGCGCUGGUUGAUGUGACAUUCUAGAAGCAGGGCGCCGCCCGAAGAAAUCGCUGAUUCUGCACUUCCGUCCCGAUGCGUCAGCUUGCAAUGCGUGCGAUCACCACGAGAGCAAGCUGUGGCGCUUUGAGCACCAUAGCUCCUCGCCAGUUUUUUUUGUGUGUCCGACCAUGACACUGGCUUGCGUGAAGUGGUCUGCAUUGUUCUGGUUUGCAUCGCUUACUGCUAAAUAAUUUUUCUGUCGCGGGUUUAUACCACAUUGAUAAUUCUAUGCAAUGCUGCUACCACGAAUGCUCCGCACUGGGAAAAUGUGUACAGUAUAAAAUGUGUAUAUACUUUGAAACAAUUUUAUGCAGUCGUGUGUAUAUCAGAUGCGCGUUAAAAUUCGUAAAGAUUUGAUGUUUGCUCAUCAGUGCCGUACCGAUUUAAUUUUGGUGUUGCAAGCAGCUAAUACUACAUGGAAAUUGCAGCAUGUGUUCAGAGAUAUAUGAUUGCAACUAGCUCAUUUUUUAUUAACUUGUGCAUGUACGAUUUUUGAAUAUACAAGUGUGGUAGAACUAAAGACUGUCGUGCCAGCAAAGCGAUUUACACGGGACGGGACCAUCGAGGAGAUAACAAACGUUACUUACCAAUUUGGACCAC